AUGGAGCUGAGCCUGGAGAGCCUGGGGGGGCUGCACGGUGUGGCCCACGCGCAGGCGGGAGAGCUGCUGAGCCCGGGCCACGCGCGCUCUGCGGCCGCACAGCACCGCAGCCUGGUUGCGCCCGGGCGCCCGGGCCUGGUGGCGGGCAUGGCCAGCCUGCUGGACGGCGGCGGCGGCGGCGGGGGCGCCGGGGGCGCGGGCGGCGCGGGCAGCGCAGGCGGCGGCGCUGACUUCCGCGGGGAGCUGGCGGGUCCUUUGCACCCCGCCAUGGGCAUGGCCUGCGAGGCGCCGGGUCUGGGUGGCACCUACACGACGCUCACGCCCCUGCAGCACCUGCCGCCGCUCGCAGCCGUGGCCGACAAGUUCCACCAGCACGCUGCUGCCGCGGCCGUGGCCGGAGCGCACGCCGGCCACCCUCACGCACACCCGCACCCCGCGGCCGCGCCGCCCCCGCCGCCCCCGCCGCAACGCCUGGCUGCUAGUGUGAGCGGCAGCUUCACCCUCAUGCGCGACGAGCGUGCUGCACUCGCCUCGGUGGGCCAUCUCUACGGGCCCUAUGGCAAGGAGCUGCCCGCCAUGGGGUCGCCGCUGUCGCCGCUGCCCAACGCGCUGCCGCCGGCGCUGCACAGCGCCCCUCAGCCGCCGCCACCGCCGCCGCCGCUGGCUGCCUACGGGGCGCCGGGCCACCUGGCCGGAGACAAGCUGCUGCCGCCUGCUGCCUUCGAGCCGCACGCUGCGCUGCUGGGGCGAGCCGAGGACGCGCUAGCCCGAGGGCUGCCGGGAGGUGGAGGCAGUGCAGGUGGUGGUGGAGCGGGCGGCGGGGGCGCCGCGGGGUUGCUGGCGCCGCUCGGAGGGCUGGCGGCGGCUGGGGCGCACGGGCCGCACUCUGGUGGCGGCGGCCCAGGCGGAGGCAGCGGAGGCCCUGGCGCGGGCACCGCGGCCGAGGAGAUCAACACCAAGGAGGUGGCGCAGCGCAUCACCGCGGAGCUGAAACGCUACAGCAUUCCGCAGGCCAUCUUCGCGCAGCGCAUACUGUGCCGCUCUCAGGGCACGCUCUCCGACCUGCUGCGCAACCCCAAGCCGUGGAGCAAGCUCAAGUCUGGCCGCGAGACCUUCCGCAGGAUGUGGAAGUGGCUACAGGAGCCGGAGUUCCAGCGCAUGUCGGCGCUGCGCCUCGCAGCCUGCAAGCGCAAGGAGCAGGAGCAGCAGAAGGAGCGCGCGCUGCAGCCCAAGAAGCAGCGCCUGGUGUUCACCGACCUGCAGCGGCGCACGCUGAUCGCCAUCUUCAAGGAGAACAAGCGGCCGUCGAAGGAGAUGCAGGUCACCAUCUCGCAGCAGCUCGGCCUGGAGCUCAACACCGUCAGCAACUUCUUCAUGAACGCGCGGCGCCGCUGCAUGAACCGCUGGGCGGAGGAGCCGGGCGCCGCCCCCGGGGGCCCUGCGGGGGCCGCCGCCACCUUCUCCAAGGCCUGA